AAUAAACAUGCCCACCCCCAUUAUUGACUGAAAGAAUCCAAUUUAUUUUUGCACCACCUCCUCCUGCAAACAUGCAGAUUGUGGUCCCAUGGACUGUACGUGACUGAUUCGUUCGUAAUUUACUGAAAAAAAAGGGUUCAAAAAUCACUCACCGGCUGCAAAUUUGGCCUCCUUCAGUAAAAAAACGUUGGAAUACCAGCACUACUUGCAUGAAGGCUUAUGGAUUUCUUGCUCUCUCAUCUCUUCCUCGUUAAUCUUGGGAAUUGAAAGUGAAAGUCUAGUGCAAACCACUCAAAUCCUUAUCCAGUUAUCCUCGAGCAUGCACGCAUUUGGAGAUCAGUGCAGUGUGUUUGAAAGGGAGCAUUUGGAGCAUAUUCUGUCGUUUGAAAGCUCGGAAAUAGAGUAGUGGGGCUUUGAUUGAUGCCUUGUCGGUACAGUACACAAGCUCGGGGAGAGAGAGAGAGCAAAAAAAAAAAAAAGGUAAAGGGAGGAGAGAGAGAGGAGUCGAUGGCUUUCUUAGGGUUGAAGUAGAUUGGAGGCAAAAGAAGCGACUUUCUUAGCUGGUAACGCUAAAGAUCUCGUCUUUUUACCACUGAACUGGAGAGAAAUGAUUUUUGCUCUCUUUCAUCAUGGCAAUGGCCAAAUAAGGGAGCACGAGAUGUUUAGAAGAAGGAUGAAGCUGUUUGCGGAAGGAGGCAAGGCCAGAGAUAACUUCAUAUAGGGUGCCAUUUUUCUAGCAAAAUUUGUUGUUGCCCUAAUAAAUCAAGGUUCGGGUGUUAUAGCAGCAAGUGUUUCUUGCGAGGAACCCUACCUUGUUUCUAUGCUUUGAUCUUUUGGAUAUUAUCGAUCCUCCCUGGAAACCCUAGUUACCAGAAGCCUUGGCCACUUGUUUCCCCUUGGGUAGUGCAAAUGGCAGAUUUUCGAGUUGGAAGGAUUGAGCAAGGGCAGACAAGGAUCCGAAAUGUUCCGAUUGCAGUAACUCCUGAAGGUUUCUGGUGUUGCCCCUCCCCUGCAGUUCUUCAGAAAACCCUAAAAAAUCAUCACAAUCACCAAAGCAAGCACAAAGUAUCAUCUCCGCUGCCGUCAAAGUCGUCAUCAUUCCAGCGGACGGCGAAUUCCCCAUCUGAUAGGAAACCACACUCCGGCCCCUUAGGUUCAAAAGUUGUUUCUGAUGAUCAGAGAUUGUCGACACCUGAUGUUCCCACUGCAACACCAACAAAUGUGGCUGAGAAGGCACCCGAGAGGCAGCCUGAGAGGCCACCAAAACCAACAAUUGACAAUCCGCAACGCAAGAUAUCAGUGGGCUAUGGUCGACCAGAGACGAGUGAUUUGAAAGUUAUUUUGUUUGGCAAGGAAGGAAUCCAUGUGACAAUGAAUGUCCAUUGGAAUGUUCUUGCAGAAAACAGCAGUUUCUUUGCAAGUAAACUCUCUAGGCAGUCUCCAUUACCAGCUGUCGAAAUAGCAGAUUGUGAAGAUGUGGAGAUCUUUGUCGAGACUGUGGGAUUGAUGUACUGCAAAGAACUGAAAGUUAGAUUAAUCAAGCAAAGUGUUCCACGCGUACUGCGCAUUCUCAAGGUUGCCGAAUCACUUGGCUUCCGUGAAUGCAUCAAGUCAUGCUUGGAUUAUCUGGAAGCAGUCCCCUGGGUUGCAGAGGAAGAAGAUAAUGUUGUAUCAUCGGUCCGACAUCUCCAAAAUUAUGGCUCCAGUCCUGUACUUAAGCGUGUCGCUUCUGAUUUAUCAAAUCCACCAAAUGACACACUUGCUCAUAUCAUGGACCUUGUCCUCAAAAGCAACGAGGACAGAGGUCGGCGGGAGAUGAAAACUCUGGUGCUAAAACUUCUGAAGGAAAAUAAUAGCUGCGCUAGUGGAUCUGUGAACACAUGGAUCCAAUUAUUUUACCGAUCGUGUACAACUUGUGUGGAAUCACUACUAAAUCUGUUCCGGCAAGCAUCCGAGCCUGGUUUCUCAGAUUGUUCUUCCGACUGCAAAGAUCCCAUGCGGCAGAUAGCUCUUGAGGCAGAUAAUCUCAUUUGGUUAGUUGAGAUUCUGGUUGAUAGGCAUGCAGCCGAUGAGUUUGCAACAAUGUGGGCUAGCCAGACUGAGCUUGCAGGAUUACACUCCAAGCUACCAAUCAUGUCACGCCACCUUGUCAGUUGUAUCACUUCUAGGAUUUUCGUUGGUAUAGGAAGAGGAGAAAUUCUUCCGACAAGGGAAACUAGGCAGCUACUGUUACAAACUUGGUUGCAACCUCUUAUCGACGACUACAGCUGGUUACAACAUGGUUGCAGAUCGUUUGAUCGCAAGGUCGUCGAGGAAGGAAUUGGCCAGACAAUUUUGACACUACCAUUAGAAGACCAGCGGAGCAUUCUACUUUCUUGGCUAGGAAGCUUCUUGAAGGUCGGCGAUAACUGCCCUAAUCUUCAGAGAGCAUUCAAGGUUUGGUGGAGGAGAACUUUUGUCAGGCCUUAUGCUGAACAGCAGGCGACAAAUCUGCCCCCGGAAAGAAGUUUAACUUUCAAAAUGGAGAGAAGAAGGCAGGUUUGUUUUAGAUUUGGAUGCUUGGAAGAAAUUUAAAUAUUAUUGUAACAUAUGUUUUCAGAUGGUGGAGUAGUUUCUCGGUUAUGAGGAGACAUUCAAAUGUUAUUUCAGAAGGCGACAUCAAUCUAUUGCGAAUUUGGACACUAGGUUCGAAUUAUCAAACUGAACUAAUCCCACACUGGCGAUCGGCAGGGGCCUUGUGUAUGGAGACUGUGCUUUUUCUAUAUUUACUGACAUGAUAUUUUCAUUGCACAAUUCUUGACAACUCAGUCUUGUAACUCAAUCCUGCUGGGUAGGUUGAUCAAUCGAGUUUGUGGGGGUUGAUGAUUCUUUGUUUGUGAAGGCGUUUCUCAGAGUUUUGAGUAUCAAAAUGCAUCCUGGAUCAGAUUUUAUCAACUUUUGUUAGUUUUUCUCUUGUUUGUAAGAUCAUGAUGUUUUGUUAAUAAGAAACUUUAAAUAUAUUUCACUCAA